UGCACGUCGUCGUCCUCCUCCUCUUUGUCCUGUCGCCGAAUAUAUCCUCACCGUGCCCAUGCCCAUCACGCAUUCACGCCUCACGGAGUCAAUAGCGUGAACAAUGGUGUCCAUGGCGCCUUCCUCCUCCGCCGCCGCCACCCGCCGCCUUCCCCUUCUUCUUCUCCUCGCCGCCGUCCUCCUUCUCCACCCAUGCCACGCCGCCACGGAGGCGUCGGCGGCGGCGAGGCGGGAGUGCACGUACACGGUGCGGGUGAAGACGAGCUGCGCGUCGCCGGCGCGGACGGCGGACAUUGUCAGCGUCGCGUUCGGGGACGCGUACCGGAACGAGGCGUACGGCGCGCGGCUGCCGGCGGGCGGGGCGUCGGGGGCGCUCGACCGGUGCGCCGUCGACGCGUUCCGCGUCGGCGGGCAGUGCGGGUACGGCGUCUGCUACCUCUACCUCCGCCGCGCCGGCCGCGACGGGUGGGCGCCGGAGUGGGUGCAGGUGUUCGAGCCUGGCGCCGCCGCCGGGGAGAAGCCGUCCACCUUCUACUUCGGCUCGCCGCUGCCCGACGGCGUCUGGUACGGCCACAACCGCUGCCCCAAGGCGUCCCCGGCCAUGGCGGCGCGCCGGACGAACACCUCCGCUUCACCUCUAGGCUAGGGUAGCUGCUCGCUCCGCAAUGUACUAGUAGUACUACGGAAUUGGCGAUUUUCGGAAUUCGGAUGCAUCCAUCCAUCACUCAAGAAUAAACAGCCUCGUGUGUGUGAGAAAUAUCGGAAAUAAGAGCUUUCGGAUGACACAUUUAUUUGUCUUUGUUCUUUU